GUGACGCAUUCUAAUGUUUCUUGAAGUGUUUGGCACGAAAUGUAUUGAGCUGGCUUUUUCGAUAAGCUUCUGUGAGGUAGUCAAUACUACAAUAAAAUUCUCACGUCCACUUGACCGGAAUAGCGUAUAUUUUGACGAUUCUACUAAUUCUUCAGUUACGCAGACAGUUGUAACACAAAAUCACACCAAUUUUAUUUCACAAUAUCCACUAUGAACGAAUUUAAGAAUAAUUAAAAUAAGACGCCAACCACACUCAAUGAAAUCCCGCCAAAAACCUCCCGUUAUGUUUUUUAAAAUUCUUCCAUGCAUAUAAAAAAAUACUACUUCGAAACAAAGUCUAUGGUUUCUUAACAUACCGAUUAUCAAUUUUAGAAUCCAUUUAUAUCCAUUUUUGUUGACUUCUGUUAGACUGACAAUUAUAACUGCUCUGUGCCUGUGUCUGACAAUGACAUUUGAUUGAUUAUUUUUUGGAUACCUACUCUAUUACGAACGUACUUCAAUUUCUUUUUGAUUAAUAAUUUGAUUCUUGGAAAACAUUUUUGUAAUCUUCCGGCUAAAAUCUCAGUUUAUUUCUGUGCCCAGUCUUCUCAAAUAAUAAAUGGUUAUUUCCUAACAGAGUAAUGGCCAUAUUUGAAAAACCAUCACAAACUAAAGCUGUUGUAGAUGACACAGAAAAAUUAAUUUGUACUAUUGAGAAUGCUCAAAAUAUCAACAAACACACUGAAUACAUAUUACGAGUUCAGAGAGGUCCAUGCAAGGAAAAUAAGUGGAAUGUAUCUCGAAGGUAUAGAGACUUUGCAUCCUUGCAUUGUAACCUUCAAGCUGCUAACAUUGAACUACCGUUGCCCCCAAAGAAGCUUAUUGGAAAUAUGCAACCCUCUUUUGUUGCAGAGAGACAAAUAGCCCUUCAGAUAUAUAUAAAUGAAGUUUUGAAGCAUCAGAGACUUUCCUUGUCAUUACCAGUAAGGAGCUUUUUGGACCCCAAGAAUUACUCAUUAUCCAUAGCAGAGCAAGCUUUACAAACUGUAUCAAUAGCAUUGCGUGGAGAUGGACACUAUGAACUCAAAGGUCCUCUGAAUGACAUCGGCUGGAGAAUACGUAAACAUUAUUUUUUAGUGACUGAAGUUGAGAACAAAUUAAACUGUAUGCUGUCUUGGCAAACUUAUGGUCCAGACAAGCAUUUAAGUGACAAUGACCUGCAGUCUGCUUUUAAGAGUUUACAGAAUAUAUCACACCCUCAUAUAGAUCAAAUAUUAGCGAUACAUAAUUUAGAAAGUGGUGCCUAUGUAGUUAGAAGGAUACACGAAAAUGGAAGCCUCAGGGAUAUAUUGUAUGGGACUGAAUACUCUAAGAAUCAUUUAGUGAAAUAUGGCAACCCCAAAGUGAGAAAACCCCUAACUUUGGGACAGAUUGCUCAUUAUGGAAAUCAGAUAUUGCAAGCCUUGAGGUUUUUACAUGAUAAAGGAAUGGCGCAUGGUCAUUUACACCCAGGAAACAUAGCCAUAGUCAAUCAGCGAGUGUUGCUACUUGACAUAGAGAAUAUUCUAUUAGGGGUGCCUUGUUUGUAUCGACCGCAAUUAUUACACUUGAGGCUUGCAACCCCGGACGCUGUGGAUAUGUACUGCUUCGGCUUAACUUUGUACGAAAUGGCAUUCGCUACACCCUUAGAGGAACACUACUGUGAUAAUUUUCCAGAGGAAACACCCCAUUUACUGGAUUACGUGCUCCGUUUAUGCUUGUCUCGGGAAUCGAUCAGGCAAGGCGGUCCCAGGAUCGAGGAUCUGUUGUGCCACCCGUUCUUCGCGUGCGCUCACAACGGCCUAACGCCACCUAUGGCAAAGUUUCGUUUCAAACUGCCGCUUGCGACGAAACAGGAAAUCAUAAAUGCCUUGUCGUUAGCCGAGACGAGAUUACGCAACGAGCAGAAACUGGUUCGAAGUGUGAAGAGAGAAGUUCGCAUUCAAGAAAUACUAAAUUCUGAGGAGGAGCUGAGGAAACAGAAACGACGAACGAAAAAGAGACAAAGUAUUUGGAAAUCUACGUCAUCAUUGGCGGAAACUGUGCAUUCGCAUAGUGCUAGCACAGCAUCCUCUCCCACGCCACCGGCACUAUCCGUUGACAGCGGAGCGAGUCCAGUGGCCGUAAGCCCCUCAACCGUAAGUCCCGAUACAGGACGAUCGGCUUUACUCAACGCAAUCUGCUCCUUCGACAAAUCGCGCCUAUCAAGAGUCGACGCCCGGUGAAUAUAACACGAAACGCAUCAACUGUUUAAGAUUUUAGUGAUCUUCAGCUUGAGACGAUAAUCGUUUUGAUUUAAAUCUCGAUACUGGGGUGAAACAUAGAGCAACACGGCCGACGCGACCAGGAGGGGAGUAGGCGUACACUGCUUUUCCCUUUGCUGUCGAAUUGGGCAUACAAACGAUAUAUGUUUGAUAUACAAUUACAGUUUUGUUUUUAAACAGGUACGUUGAACUGCAUUUGUGUGCAUAUUCCCCCCGCAAAAAAGGGAAGAACGAUUUGAAUAGAAUUAUGUCGUUAUGGCUACUCCCUUUCGUGUUGCUCUAUGCGAUGAAAUCAUAAAAUCUUUCAGAAAGCCCAUUGCCUAAUUUCAGUCUCUUGAAACUCAAUCAAAAUUUGUGUAUAAAAUUUUAAUGCCACAUUAAAAUUUGUAUUUAGAAAUGUUUAGAAACUACAUUCAGCCUUCGUUCGCAAAUGCUAAAUGUGAGGCUUAAUGGAUGGGGGCUGAAAUUAGAAAUUAGAGGCUGGAUCUAAAGUAACUUGAAAGUCAUUACUGUUCGUAAAGCGUUGGGCAAUUUCCAGCACUUGGCUAACUUAGCAGCUAAAAUAAGUCCAAAAUAGUAUAGGACGAUUCGAAUAACUUAAAAGACAAUGAUAAUAGUUUGAAUAAAAAAAAUAUCGACUUAUUAGUAUCGUCUGAAACUGACAGAUCACAAAACUUAUUUUAGUAUUUUGUACAAGACUAAAGGAUCUGUAUUUAGACAUUGUCAUAUAUUUACACAGUGUUUUUUUAAUGACAGAGUUUUUGCUUAAUUAACAGGAAAAUAUAAAAUGGAAAUUCUUUUGACAUAUGUUGAAUUAAUAUAUUCAUAUAGUGGUGGUCUCCUUAUUCGACUAAGUGACUUUAUUUCCGUAUUUUCAUUUCUUUUAUUCAGUAUAAAGGUUUAUAUGGUAUAAAGGAAUGUAUGGGAAGCAGUUAUUGGGCAUAUAAAAAAAAUGCUAGCACUUACCCUAAGGAUGAUCAGCCAUUCUGACAUCAGAACCAAUGUAAUUAAUUAUCUCGUGAUAGGAAGCAAAGGGGAAACAAUUAUUGGCCAACAUUUCAGCUCUGUGUCUAUAUUCCUGUUCUGAGAUUAUUUAUGUCUAUAUAUUGUUUUAAACUUUCUAAUCACUCACAUUAUAGUUAUAAACGGGAUUGUUUAUAUACCUUGUUUUUAAUGAGUGACCGAUAUUUCGGCACUGUUGCAAGAGCCAUGAUCACGGAGUAAUGAAGUAAUUGUGGGUAGAUGUUAUUGGCCGAUAUAUCGGUCUACGCUCUGACGCUGUCUUUUAUUGCGCUCGAUACCCCUACCACUGGUCAGAUUCUCACUAUUUCUUCACUAUGCUUGUUGUUCCCGACACACAAUAUUUACAGUAGCAGAUCGCGGAACGACACUUUUUUUAUUUUUGCAACUUAUGCACAUACGAACUACUGGAUUCCAGACUUCUUUGACUAGUGUGACAAUGUACACCUGCACGAAGAGUUGGAACAUAAUGGAUACAAGGGACAGUUUCCACCCAAACACAAAUUAAGAAACCAGAAACACAAAGUAGACAGGCAACCAGUAUUUAGCAAUUACUUCAGUUACUCCGUGAUCAUGGCAUUUCCAACAGUGCCAAAAUAUCGGAGAGUCGUAAAAAAUAAGGUACAUGGUAACAAUCCUGUUAAUAACUAUAAUAUUUAUGAAUAUGCUAAAAUGGCACUUUAGUACAUUUUGACUAAUUACUCAGAGCAAGCAAUAUUCUAAUAACAUUUCAUUAUUUUAUAUUAAUCUUUACAAACACUGGUUACAAAAUGUGGAAUAGACGUUUAAAACAUACAUUAUUACAUACUAACGUGAAUUUUAGGUAGGAUGUGAAACAAAUUAUCUGAUAUAUUAUAUUUUUUAAGUUUUAGUUGAACUCGCAAGUUUAUGUUAUUCAUAAUUUUAUUAUUACUAUAACAUGUUAUUUGGUGACAUAACGACCCUGAUACUACGAGUGAUCUCUGUAAAUUCUAUGGCGUUGAUUAGAAGGUAGAUUUUGCAGUGAGAUUUCCCACUGUUAAUGAUUUGAAUACCGGAACAAGUAAAUCCGGGAUAUUUAUAUCCUCGGUGUCAAAUGUGAUUACCAGCAUCAGACUUGCUUAUUUUAACAUAACGGUGACAAUCGAUUGAGAAACCGACACUGGCACCUUGCAUAACAGUGGCUGAUGGAAUCGACUGCCAUAUGCAUGACCGUAUAAGCCCAACCGCACAUUGAGCCGCUAUUGCCGGCCACGAGCUGCAGACGUGUUUUUAGAGUUCCGUACCUCAAAAGGAAAAAACGGAACUCUUAUAGGAUCACUUUGUUGUCCGUCCGUCCGUCCGUCUGUUUGUUAAGACCGUUUUUCUAGGGAACGCGUGGAGGUAUCAAACUGAAAUUCAUAUCUAAUACUAACUUCUAAGCCAAAGCAAUCAAAAGAUACAGCCGUUUAUGCCGCAAAUCGAAACUCGCACGGGAAUCAAAACCUACAGGGUGAACUUAGAAUCUUGAAAUUUGGUACGAAUGACGUCUUGUAGUACAGAUAAAGGAAAAAUUGCGAAAACCGUAAAUUUUUAGUUACAUCAUAUAAUAAAAAAUAUUUUUGAAAUUUUUUUAAAGUUACUACCUCUUUUCUCAUGAACGCGUAGAGGUAUUAAAUUGAGUUUGUACGGAACCCUCGGUGUGCAUUCCCGACUCGUACUUGGCCGCUUUUUUCUUAUAUUUUGGAUAGUAUUGGCGCAAACUAAGCGUUCGAGUGGCCACGUUCGACCCACAAUCUGCGGUAGUCGCCCUAGCUCGCUACUUGUGGCACAAUACGAUGAAUUGUAAAGCGGUAAGGAGAGGGCGGCGAUUGGUGGCCGCAUGUAGUGACUCAAUGUGCGGUUGCUCUAGUCGGCGCCUAAGUAUAAGAUAAUUAUAAUAAGAUAAAUCUUAGCCCCGUUCUUACUUACGACGACUAAUAUCCAACAGAAGUUGCAGCGAAACAUCUCACAUCGCAUGCAUUUGUGAAGAGUCACAAUACUAGUCAUCCGUAAGUAUUGUACGUAGGGGCUUAUUGUUGGUGUUAUUGUUGCUAAUGCGGCAUUUACAUUGGUCGAUAUUUACUUUAAUUGUCACGUGGCCGAUAACGCGUAGCCUAGUAUGACGUCACUUGCUUGUAAACAUACUGACGAAAUGACAUUACAUUGUACUGUUUGACGUUUUAAUGAGAGCCGUUUGACGUCACCUACCUGUAAAACGCCAUAUUUGCAAGAGAAACGUUUCCGCGGCAUAUUUGAAAACAUUUUUUUACUAAUAUAUUCAACAGUAUUAUAAGUAUCAAUUUUUUAUGGAGUACACUAAUAAAUAACGCAUGAACGUUUUCAAAAACUUGGCAAAUAGCCUAUUAUGAUUUUAUUUAUUUUUUAAGCAUUUAACUGCUAGAU